AUGCCUGCUGCCAAGAAUGGCAUCAAGAAACACGGAGCGCCCAAAGCCAAAGGCUCUGUACGCGCCAAGUCGGGCUGUUAUACCUGCAGAAUUCGAAGGAAGUUCAUCUCUCUUCCUUCCAACUUGGAAUCAUACCGAUUCAUUAUUACCGUGUGGCGGUGUGGCGUGGCGCGUAUCCAGAAAUGCGACGAAGAUCGUGACGCACAAGGCAAUUGCAAGUCUUGUGUUCGUUUGAAGCUCCAGUGCCUGGGGUUCGGCCCUAAGCGCCCUGAAUGGCUUAAGGAGCAACACACUAAGCUACGAGCAGACAUUAAGAGUUUCCUCGCGGGGAAUGGCAUGAUUAAAGGUCAUGCAGGCACCAACAGUCGGGACAGCAACCCAGACCAAAUUCUUCUUCUACGCCAGGAGGACGACUCUAUGUCUUCCUCCGAAAGUCCUGACGCCCGCAACGUCGACUUACCCAUGACUGGAGGCGAGUACUCCAGGAACACCUCCGCUAUGCGCGAUGAACCUUGGAACGGCGUUAACAAUACCUACGUUGACGCAGCAUACACCACCGAAGACGCUCUGGAGUUGCAGCUACGGCAUGAAUCUCCUUAUGAUAACGAUAACCAGGCGUACGAUAUAAUGCACUACCCUAAUAGCCUACCCGGAUGGUCGGGUCCGAAUUCAACGCGAAGCAACCUUGCUGCUUCCUACAAUCUCCUUUUAACAAUGCCUGACGAUGAUGUAUACCUCGAACCGGCCUCCUCAAUGUCCUCAUUCUACCAUAGACUAAUGGUACCCGGAGGAUCUGCUGAUGAACUCGUCAAUCACUACCUCAACGUUGUUGUUGCUAUGCAAUUCCAACUUGCCGACAAAAUCAGAUUGCCUGAAGUCAUAUACACCGCGGUCGAAGGUGAUUGUUAUCGAAGUGCAGCCCGUCUUUUGGCGUUCAUACACCAAAGACGUCAAGCUGUGCCUUCCGUACCCGCGUUACAGGACAACACCCCGAGGCGUCAGUACGAUGAACUCAAGCUUGCUUUGAGCAAAGGUUCAUCGUACACUGAGGACGAGGCUAUGGCAUCUCUGACUGUUAUCUCGUCAUUCCUCUUUGACGGCGGAAAGGGAGAAUGGCAAUGGUGGCUAGAAGUAGCAUUCAAAUAUGCGAGCACGGUCCUUGGUCGCUACAUGUCUCCCCGUGAGGCCCUUAUGUUGUGCACUGAGAAGGAACGUUUUCUCGUGAAAACGGCCAUCUGGUUCGAUGUCCUGGCGUCGGUGACAACUCAAAAUCCCCCUUUGUUCUUAUCCAUCAUCAGAGAACUGUUCGCUCCUGAGACGAGUGGUAUUACCGACCUCUUCGAAUCCGUCCCGGCCGAGCUUUCCAUGAUGACAGUCAUGGGAUGUGAAGGCCGUAUUGUUUGGGCAUUGGCAGAAAUAUCGUAUCUGGCAUAUUGGAAACAGCGUCAAAUGAGCAAGGGCCUGUUGAGCGUCCCCUCAUUGGUCACACGAUCUCAUCCGAUUGAACUCUGCCUCUCCGAACCUCUUCGAUUUUCUACGACUCAAACCCACUUUGAUGAAGCCCGCUACCGUUCUUCUGAAAUCUUCCGGACAUCAGCGCGUGUCUAUCUACGUGCAGUCGUAUCUGGUGACUAUCCUAAUGUCGCAGAUAUAGCAGCUUCUGUCCAAGAUGCUUUGACUGUACUCAAUGACAUGAACCGGUACUGCACUGCCCAAGUUCGUACAGCCGUCGUUCGAAGCACCGUAUUUGCUUUCUUCGUGUGUGGCUGCCUCACAGAUAAUCAAUCACACCGCCACAUCCUUCGUACUCAACUUGCCGAGGAAGGGAGUGUCGGUAACUGUUCCGCACUUGUACAGCUACUUGACAAGGUGUGGAAUAUCCGGAGUAGAAUGAGCCGGCACGAUCCCGUUCCUUGGCGUCAAAUUCUGAAAGAUGAAAAAAUGCUCCUGGUAUAG